CCAUUACUCUUGUAUGUUCCUCCAUGCUGCUAAGCUCCCCAUGACACAAACGCCUGCCCAGGGGCGCCUGCCCUCACGCUGGGCGCAGGACUCUGCCUACCUAAGGCAGGGCGGGAGGGGCCGGGGCACUGCCCCCCCCGGCACCGUGCAGCUCCUCCUGGCAGUGCUGGCAGAGGCCAGCUUCUAGGCCCUCCAAGACUGGUCCACAGCCUGCGGCCUUUCUCUCAUUCUGUCAGCUCUCCGUGGAUGCGGCUCCAAAAGUCCAGGGCUCUAUGUAAAUGAGGGAAACCCUCGCACGUUGAAAUGUCCUGUACAAGUUCCUCAGAUUUUUGUUCUCAAUUGAAAUAAUAAUAAAAUCCUCAGUUUCGAAUGUUAUAUGGGGUUGUUUUUAGUACCUAAUGGGUCUUCAGCAGUUUUGCCUUGGGGUAUUUUCAUUUCUAUCAUCUCCUUUGUUUAAGUCCUUCACUAUAGCACCUUCGUCUCCUGACUCUUACCUUUGCCGGCACAGCGUCACUGCAACUGUUAAAGAGAAUGACCCUAACGUAUUCAAACCAGGCAACGUGAGGAACAUCAUUCAGCACUUUGAGAACAACCAGCAGUACGCUGCCCCAGAACCUGGGACGCAGCGACUCUCAACAGGAAGCUUUCCCGAGGACCUGCUGGAGAGCGACAGUUCUCGCUCAGAGAUUCGCCUGGGCCGCUCUGAGAGCCUGAAGGGCCGGGAGGAGAUGAAGCGGUCCCGGAAGGCAGAGAACGUGCCCCGUUCUCGCAGCGACGUGGACAUGGACGCGGCCGCAGAGGCCGCCCGCCUCCACCAGUCAGCCUCGUCCUCUGCCUCCAGCCUCUCCACCAGGUCUCUUGAGAACCCAACCCCUCCCUUCACCCCCAAAAUGGGCCGCAGGAGCAUUGAGUCCCCCAGCUUGGGGUUCUGCACAGAUGCCCUCCUCCCCAACCUCCUAGAAGAUGAUCUGGGCCAGCUGUCUGACCUGGAGCCAGAGCCCGACGCCCAAAACUGGCAGCAUACAGUGGGCAAGGAUGUGGUGGCUGGGCUAAGCCAGAGGGAGAUUGACCGGCAGGAGGUCAUCAACGAGCUGUUUGUGACAGAGGCUUCCCAUCUGCGCACACUCCGGGUGCUGGACCUGAUCUUCUACCAGCGGAUGAAGAAGGAGGGCCUGCUGCCCCGGGAGGAGCUGGCGCGGCUCUUCCCCAACCUGCCCGAGCUCAUCGAGAUCCACAAUUCCUGGUGUGAAGCCAUGAGGAAGCUCCGGGAGGAGGGCCCCAUCAUCAAAGAAGUCAGUGACCUCAUGCUGGCUCGGUUCGACGGCCCCGCCCGGGAGGAGCUCCAGCAGGUGGCCGGGCAGUUCUGCUCCUAUCAGUCCAUUGCCCUGGAGCUGAUCAAGACCAGGCAGCGCAAGGAGAGCCGGUUCCAGCUCUUCAUGCAGGAGGCUGAGAGCCACCCUCAGUGCCGGCGGCUGCAGCUUAGAGACCUCAUCAUCUCUGAGAUGCAGCGGCUCACCAAGUACCCACUGCUGCUGGAGAACAUCAUCAAGCACACGGAGGGUGGCACCUCUGAGCACGAGAAACUCUGCCGGGCCCGGGAUCAGUGCCGGGAAAUUCUCAAGUACGUGAAUGAAGCAGUGAAGCAGACAGAGAACCGGCACCGUCUAGAGGGCUACCAGAAACGCCUGGAUACCACCUCCCUGGAGAGGGCCAGCAACCCCCUGGCAGCAGAGUUCAAGAGUCUGGAUCUUACAACCAGAAAGAUGAUCCAUGAGGGGCCCCUGACCUGGAGGAUCAGCAAGGAUAAGACCUUGGACCUCCACGUGCUGCUGCUGGAGGACCUCCUAGUGCUGCUGCAGAAACAGGAUGAGAAGCUGCUGCUGAAGUGCCACAGCAAGACAGCCGUGGGCUCCUCGGACAGCAAGCAGACCUUCAGCCCAGCGCUCAAGCUCAAUGCCGUGCUCGUCCGCUCCGUGGCCACAGAUAAACGGGCCUUCUUCAUUAUCUGUACCUCUGAACUGGGCCCACCCCAGAUCUACGAGCUGGUGGCAUUGACGUCAUCAGACAAGAACACAUGGAUGGAGCUCUUAGAAGAGGCCGUGCGGAACGCCACCAGGCACCCUGGAGCCGCCCCAAAGCCCGUCCACCCGCCGCCCUCAGGCCCCCAGGAGCCAACCCACCAGAGCCCCACACCCAGCAGGGUAGGACUGGAUGACUCCGAGGUGUUCCGUAGUGAGCCAGAGCCUGAGACAGUACCUGGAGGCACUGGGCCCCAGCAGAGGGUCAAAGGGAAGCACCCGGUCCUGCUAGAGGGCCCCGAGCAGGAGGGCAGCAUAGAAGAAGAGGAGCUGGGUACCCUGCCUCACCCUUCUGCCUCCCUGGAUGGAGAGAACAGGGGCAGCAGGACAAGGGACCCCAUCCUCCUGCCCCUCCCAGGCCCUCUGUUCAUGGAAGGACUCGCCGAUGCAGCCCUGGAGGACGUGGAGAACCUGCGGCACCUGAUCCUGUGGAGCCUGCUGCCAGGUCACCCCAUGGACCCACAGGCUUCUGGGGAGCCCGAGGACGACCUGACACCUACACCUUCCGUCAUCAGCAUCACUUCUCACCCCUGGGACCCAGGCUCCUCAGGGCGAGCUCCCACUGGGGGUGAAGGGGACAAUGCCCGGCUCUCAGGGCCAGAGCGGGGCCAGCAGGAGGACAUGGCUCUCUGUUCUCUGGAACACCUGCCCCCAAGGACCAGAAAUUCUGGGAUCUGGGACUCUCCUGAGCUGGACAGGAAUCCAGAAGAAGAAGCUUCGAGCACAGAGGCAACAGGAAGUUACAAAGUUGUGAGAAAAGUCUCUACUCUCCCUGGUGGUGGUGUCGGUGCAGCUGAGGUGGCAGGCAGCAAAGUUGUCCCUGCACUACCAGAGAGUGGCCAGUCAGAGCCUGAGCCACCCGAAGUGGAAGGCGGAACAAAGGCUACGGGGAACUGCUUUUACGUGAGCAUGCCGGCGGGACCCCUGGACUCAAGCACGGACCCCUCAGGGGCACGCGUGGGCCCCUCCCAGCCCGAUGGCCUCCCUGCCUGGCAGACGGCGCCUCGGCCCGCGCUGCGGGAAGGCAAUGGAGAUCAAAGGCGCCCGGGCCGCUCUCCCCCGAGCCUGGCCCUCAGGGACGUGGGCGUGAUCUUCCGUACCAUCGAGCAGCUCACCGUCAAGCUCAACAGGCUCAAGGACAUGGAGCUGGCCCACAAAGAGCUGCUCAGGUCCCUCGGGGGAGAGUCGUCUGGUGGCACCACGCCUGUGGGCGGUUUCCACACAGAGGCAGCUAGAUGGAUAGACAGCUCCCUGUCCCCUCCAGCCAAGGAGCACCUGGCCUCUGACUCCAGGGACGGCCGCGAACUGGGGCCCUGCCCUGAGGACGGCCCCAACGCCCCGCUGGAAGACGGCCCAGCGGACGCGGCCACAUCCCCAGGACUGUAGCUGUACAAACCACCGAAUCCUCCGCGUCCCCACUCCUCCUCCAGGGACUGGCCUGAGGCAGGGCACAGGGUGGGGAGAGCCCAAACCUCCUCCCCGAGGUGGAGGCAGGCGGUUGAAGAGACAGCUCCAGCCGAGACCCGGGGGAGAUGCGCAUGUUGCUUGGUCUGCUCAGAUUGGAGUCAAGUUUCAGUGUCUUUUCGCCUCCCUUCAGCCCAACCCUUCAAGGCCUUGUGUCUCCUAAGCAUGCUGACUGCAUCUGAAAGGCCCCCCUCGUCCCAUGUACGUGUGUGCGCCUGUAUGUGUGGGUGCCCUCAGACAAGCCAGUGCGGGUGAAAGGAGGCGGCUCCAGUGUAAAUGCACUUUCUUCCUCCCCUCCCUUCUCCACAUGACCCCAAGGCUGGGGUGGGUGUCUCCACCUCUCCUCUCUUUGUCACUUUGGUUUCCUAUAAAUAUGUAUGUAUUGUAUGUGCAUCUUUGCUAUUGUAAAUAACUUGCGACCUUUUUCGUUUCUGAUCCUGGCGUGCCGAAGGCAGUUACAGAGGGACUGCUAAGGGAAGAGGAGGUUCACUUGUAUCUCUUCGUUAGCAGCCUGGCUCCAGGAUCAGGGCCCAAAGGUGGAGCCAGCCCUGAGGGCCCUGGCCCCCGCCCGCCCGCCCGCCCGUAGGCAAGAAGGCCUCCAGCUUCCGGGCCAGGUGGGCCGGAGACCUAGCCUCUGCAGCCCGGUGCUGAGCUACUCCCUCCCUCCUAGGACUUCUCAUCUUCAGGGGAACUUCUUACCCCACGUGUGUCCACCCUGCCCCACCCUCUCCCUAUAGAAAACCAGUGUAUCAGGUACAGAGCUGAAAACUGGGCCCCAGGGAGGUGGGGGUAGGGGUUUGAAUG